UACAUUCAAGAUAGCUAAUACUUUGCAUUUUGAGAUAACUAGUGCAGUGUACUAUCCAUCUCUUCCAGUAGCUAAGAAAUAUCAAAUUAUUUGAAGAAUUACCGAAAUGACAGCAUUGCAAAGUUUGCCGAUUGAGGAGGAAUUCGAAAGAAAUCCAGAAUUGAAGAAAGAAGACUUACAAUAUUUGAGAGAUUGGUGUUCGAAACAAGAACAUUUGCCGAAAAUUUCUGAUAAUCAACUGAUUUUAUUUUUGCACAGUAACUACUUCCGUUUAGAAGCGUGCAAAAUAAGCAUAGAAAAUUAUUAUACUUGCAGAACUCAUGUACCAGAAUUUUUUUCCAAUCGAGACCCAAUUGGCUCCAAAGAAAUAAGAUCCGCUAUGAACACUUUGCUUGUGAUACCAUUGGAGGGCAAGACUAAGGAAGGCUAUCACGUGACUUUUGGCCGCUUAAUCGAUACCGAUCCCGAGCGCUUUAUAUACAAUGACGGCAUGCGCUACUGGAACAUGAUUGCCGAUCUGUGGCUGCACAUCAACGGCACCAGUCCUGGUCACGUUCUUGUCGCCGACAUAACCGGAGUUCAAAUGGUUCACGCCCUCAAAAUAAGCCCCGUCGGGGUGAAAAAGUAUCUGUACUACUUGCAGGAAGCUAUGCCCGUACGUAUUAAGGGUUUGCAUUUUCUCAACACUACACCGGUCAUGGAUUUCAUUCUUGGACUCAUGAAGCCUUUCAUGAAAAAAGAGCUCAUGGAUGUGUUGUACUUACACAAAAAUACCGAAAGCUUGGCUCAACACUUACCGUUGGAUAUAUUGCCCGUUGAAGCCGGAGGAAAAGCUGCUCCAAUGAAGGAAUGUUACUCAAAAGUUACAAAAUUCGUCGAGGAAAAUCGUAAUUAUUUCCUAGAUGAAGAGAAUACGAUGCGGGUGGAUGAAUCUCGACGUCUUGGUAAAGCUAAAUCGGCCACUGAUCUCUUUGGUAUAGAGGGGAGCUUUAAAAAACUUGAUAUUGAUUGAUUCAUUCAUAUUUCUCUCUUUCUCUCUUUUUUAUCAAGUUAUUUCUCAACUUUUUAUUUUUCAAGUAAGUCGUAUAUUUCCGGCCUCUUUGUCGAUGCUUUAUAGUAUCUAUAUCAAAAGGUUUUCAAAUGAAAUACCUGAAUGAUUGAGUAUAAAAAUUUCUCAAUCUCUUUUGAUGAUAUCGAAGAUUGCUAGUGCAAAAGAUAAUACAAACAAAUGCGUCAAUCAUUAGACACAUGAUAUGAGAUACUGACGUAGGUAUGCAACCAUAUUAUUAAUUAUUACAAAACAAUUUUCAUUGCACAAAUAUAAUGGAUAUUUUCGGAAAAAUAUUACAUUAUGAAUUGUAAUAAAGUUGGGUCAGGUAAAAAUAUGUCCGUUUAAACUUCUGUUGUAAAUAAAGUAACAUUGUUUGGUUAAAA